GGCGGCCGCUGGGUGCUGACAAGAUGGCGGCCGGCGGGGCCCUGGCUGCGGCGCCCGAGUGCCGGCUUCUGCCCUACGCGCUGCACAAGUGGAGCUCCUUCUCAUCCACCUACCUCCCCGAGAAUAUUCUAGUGGAUAAACCGAAUGACCAGUCUUCAAGAUGGUCUUCAGAGAGUAACUACCCUCCCCAGUACUUGAUUCUGAAGCUGGAGAGGCCUGCUGUAGUCCAGAACAUCACAUUCGGGAAAUACGAGAAAACUCACGUGUGCAACUUGAAGAAGUUCAAGGUCUUUGGUGGAAUGAAUGAAGAGAACAUGACGGAGCUGCUGUCCAGUGGCUUAAAGAAUGAUUACAACAAGGAGACCUUCACAUUGAAGCAUAAAAUUGAUGAGCAAAUGUUCCCCUGUCGGUUCAUAAAAAUAGUUCCGCUGCUGUCCUGGGGACCAAGCUUUAACUUCAGCAUCUGGUACGUUGAGCUUAGUGGCAUUGACGAGCCUGAUGUGGUGCAGCCAUGUCUCAACUGGUACAGCAAGUACCGUGAACAGGAAGCCAUUCGACUUUGUCUGAAGCACUUCCGGCAGCACAACUACACUGAAGCUUUUGAGUCGCUGCAGAAGAAAACCAGGAUCGCACUGGAGCAUCCCAUGCUGACGGGUCUGCACGACAGGCUCGUGCUCAAGGGCGACUUUGACGCGUGUGAAGAGCUGAUUGAAAAAGCGGUCCAUGAUGGCUUGUUCAACCAGUACAUCAGCCAGCAGGAGUACAAGCCGCGCUGGAGCCAGAUCAUCCCCAAGAGCACCAAAGGUGAUGGAGAAGAGAACCGACCAGGAAUGCGAGGCGGCCAUCAGAUGGUUAUUGACGUUCAAACAGAGACCGUGUAUUUGUUUGGUGGCUGGGAUGGCACACAAGAUCUGGCUGACUUCUGGGCCUACAGUGUGAAGGAAAACCAGUGGACGUGUAUCUCCAGGGACACUGAGAAAGAGAAUGGUCCGAGUGCCAGGUCGUGUCAUAAAAUGUGCAUCGACACCCAGCGGAGGCAGAUCUACACAUUGGGGCGUUACCUGGAUUCCUCCGUGAGGAACAGCAAAUCCCUGAAAAGUGACUUCUAUCGCUAUGACAUCGACACGAACACGUGGACGCUCCUGAGUGAAGAUACAGCAGCUGACGGAGGGCCGAAGCUGGUGUUCGAUCAUCAGAUGUGCAUGGACUCAGAAGAGCACAUGAUCUACACGUUCGGCGGUAGAAUCCUCACCUGCAGUGGCAGUGUGGACGACAGCAGGGCCAGUGAGCCGCAGUUCAGCGGCUUGUUCGCUUUCAACUGCCAGUGUCAAACCUGGAAACUUCUUCGCGAAGACUCCUGCAAUGCUGGGCCUGAGGACAUCCAGUCUCGGAUAGGACACUGCAUGCUGUUCCACGCAAAAAAUCGUUGCUUGUAUGUAUUUGGUGGGCAGCGAUCAAAGACUUACUUGAAUGAUUUCUUUAGCUAUGACGUGGACUCUGAUCACGUGGACAUAAUAUCUGACGGCACCAAGAAGGACUCCGGGAUGGUUCCCAUGACAGGGUUCACACAGAGAGCCACAAUUGAUCCCGAACUGAAUGAAAUACACGUCCUGUCUGGGCUCAGCAAAGACAAAGAGAAGAGGGAAGAAAACGUCAGGAAUUCCUUCUGGAUUUAUGACAUUGUGAGAAACAGCUGGUCUUGUGUAUAUAAGAAUGACCAAGCUGCAAAGGAAAAUCCAAGUAAAAGUCUUCAGGAGGAAGAGCCAUGUCCAAGAUUUGCUCAUCAGCUUGUGUACGAUGAGCUACACAAGGUUCAUUAUUUAUUUGGUGGGAAUCCAGGAAAAUCUUGCUCUCCAAAGAUGAGAUUAGAUGACUUCUGGUCGCUGAAGCUGUGUAGGCCUUCAAAGGAUUACUUACUGAGACAUUGCAAGUUCCUCAUUAGAAAACACAGAUUUGAAGAAAAGGCUCAGCUGGACCCCCUGAGUGCUCUGAAAUACUUACAGAACGACCUCUAUGUAACUGUGGAUCAUUCCGAUCCUGAGGAGACAAAAGAGUUUCAGCUCUUAGCUUCAGCUCUGUUCAAAUCCGCUUCUGAUUUUACAGCUCUAGGCUUUUCCGAUGUGGAUCACACCUAUGCUCAGAGAACUCAGCUCUUUGACACCUUAGUCAAUUUCUUUCCUGACAGCAUGACUCCUCCUAAAGGCAACUUGGUGGACCUCAUCACGCUGUAAGGCCGCUUCUGGAGACGCACGCUCAGCAGGAGGCGGUCAGCGG